AUGAACAAAUUAGGUAUUAAACCAUUAAGGUUACUAUUAUUAGGUGCACCAGGCUCUGGGAAAGGGACUCAAACAUCUAGGUUACUAAAGGCAUUUCCUACUGUUAGUUCAAUUUCUACUGGUGACGUAUUAAGAAAACAGAUCAAAGAUGGUACUCCGGUUGGUAUUAAGGCUUCUAAAUACAUGGAGCAGGGGCAAUUGUUACCAGAUGCUAUUGUAAGUGACCUCUUGAUAUCACACCUUAAUAAUUCAAAAUUAUUGAAUAAUGACUCGACUUGGUUAUUGGAUGGAUUUCCAAGAACAAUUAAUCAAGCUAAGAUUUUAGAUGAACAGUUGAAUAAAAACAAUACGGAUGUUAAUUUAGUUGUUGAAUUGGAUGUACCAGAAGAUGUAAUUUUAGAAAGGAUUGAAAACAGAUACAUUCAUUUGAAAAGUGGUAGAAUAUAUAACUUAGAAUAUAACCCACCUAAAGUUCCAGGAAAGGAUGAUAUCACAGGCGAACCAUUAGCAAAGAGGGUCGAUGAUACAAGGGAAGUUUUCCAAAAGAGAUUGGAGAAUUAUAACAAAACUUUGUUACCUUUGAAAAAAUUCUAUACUGAAAAGGGGAUUUUAAGAACUAUUUCGGGUGAAACUUCCGAUAUUAUUAGCCCAAAAUUAAUAGGAUUAAUUGAAAAAGAAUUUGGUACUUCUUGA